GCCAGCACUAUCGAUUACUCACACUCAUCGCUUGGCAGCUGCCAUCGCUAGAUCCACAAGAAACAAGAAUAAAGAAAGCACUCGAAGCAAAGUUAAUUUUCCACUAAAACUUUAGUUUACGCAGGAGCCGCAACAGCCACUUACCGAGAGCGAGAGAUCUCUUCCGCGCGCAGCAGGAACGAACGCCAGCGAGACGAGGACGCCACAGCCAAGAUGAUUAAACUCUUUACGCUGAAGCAGCAGAAGAAGGACGGCGAACAGAAGGGAAGCGGCGGGCAGCAGAAGAAGGCCUCGGCUGCCCAGCUGCGCAUACAGAAAGAUAUUAGCGAACUGAACCUGCCAAAAACUUGCGCCACAGACUUCCCUGAUCCCGAUGACUUGCUCAACUUCAAGCUAAUCAUCUCGCCGGAUGAGGGCUUCUACAGAGAUGGCCGCUUCGUGUUCAAUUUCCGCGUCGGCUCCAACUAUCCGCACGAGCCGCCCAAGGUGAAAUGCGGCACGCAGGUGUACCAUCCCAACAUUGAUCUGGAGGGCAACGUAUGCCUGAAUAUAUUGCGCGAGGACUGGAAUCCAGUGCUGACCAUCAACUCUAUUGUCUAUGGCUUACAGUUUCUGUUUUUGGAACCCAAUCCGGAGGAUCCGCUUAACAAGGAGGCCGCCGAUGUCCUGCAGACCAAUCGCCGCCAGUUCGAGUAUAAUGUAAAGAAGGCAAUGCGGGGCGGCUACGUGGGCGAGACCUACUUCGAGUGCUGCCUGCUCAAGUGAUAUAGGGAAUCCGAAGGUCUCUUACUUUAAGCCUGAACCCACUCCCAACCCCCAACCCGAAACCGGAGAAGACGAACGAGCGGCGACCACAAAUUAUUGUAAUAAACGAAAAGCAAAAAAUCACAGCGCGUGCGAAGCAGAAACAAGCCGGAGUCGAGUCAAAAAAUGUCUAGUUUUUAAUACAAUUUCAUUUAGCAAUUUC